GCCCUGCUGGUCCCCCAUUCUAUUUCUUCCUCACUCCUAUCCCGUUCUGGCCACUUGAAACGCCUUAGAACCGGGACAGCGGUCCGUCGAGAUUCAUUUUCCAUCGCUUCUUCCUAUUUGACGAGUUUCCUGUUUUCAUUACACUACUUACCACUUCCAACAUUAUUCCAUUGUUUUUUUAAAAAUAAAAAUAAAAUAAUCAUUAGUGGCGUUUAUUUGCUAAAUAAGUCCUUCGCAAUGAUAAUGAUCGGUUUGUGGUGUGUGCUCUUGACCUGCGUUAUAAUAUUUGCCGUGAUCCUCCUAAGAACGAAAGAACGUAAAGAAACGGAACUAGACAAACCUGAAGUGAAAAAAAAAGUCUUAACCGGACCAAAAUGUUGGCCGAUCUUUGGAGGUCUUCAUCAUCUACAGGGUCCAGCAGGGCCAUAUGAUGCAUUUACAAGACUUGCAGACAAAUAUGGUGAUAUUUAUAAAAUAAAACUUGGUGCAGUUAACUGUGUUGUUGUGAGUAGUUAUAAUUAUGUUAAAGAAGUAUUGAUAACAAAAGGACAUGAAUUUGGUGGACGACCGGAUUUUCUACGAUUUCAUGAGCUUUUUGGAGGCGAUAGAAAUAAUUCUCUAGCAUUGUGUGAUUGGUCAGAUCUCCAACGAACACGACGAUCAAUUGCUCGAGUUUUCUGUUCUCCCCGCGGUGGAAGUCUUCAGCAGGAAAUAUUAUCAAAAAUAGCAAUAGAAGAAUCUCGUGAGCUGUUAUCAAUGUUGGAAAGUGAAGAAUCAAAAGAAAUAACUGAUGGUAAGAAAUCACUGAAACCAUUGUUAUUAGCAACUCUUGCUAAUAUGUUCACACGAUACAUGUGUUCAACGAGAUUUACAUAUCAUGAUGAAGAUUUUCGUCGAAUUGUCCGUUCAUUUGACGAAAUUUUUUGGGACAUCAAUCACGGUUAUGCAGUUGAUUUCUUACCAUGGCUCACUCCGUUUUAUAGCUCUACAAUGGAAAAAUUGAGAAAUUGGUCAAUUGAGAUCCGCAGUUUUAUUUUAAGCCGAAUCAUCGAGGAUCACUUGAAAAAUUUAGACUCAGAAUCAAACGAACCCCGGGAUUUCACAGAUGCAUUGCUGCUCCAAUUACAAUCGUCCAGCGAAUCAAAUGUUUCUUGGGAGCAUAUCAUGUUUGAACUAGAAGAUUUCCUUGGUGGUCAUUCAGCAAUUGGUAACUUGGUGAUGCUGAUUUUAGCACACUUAGCUAUUAGACCUGAAGUCCAAAAGAAAGUUCAAGAAGAAUGUGAUUUAUUCCUGCAUCAGUCAGACAAAUCAACAGACUUUAUAACUCUAAAUAAUAGAGCUGAAAUGCCUUAUACUGAUGCAGUCAUUUGGGAAACAUUAAGAAUAUCAAGUUCUCCUAUUGUUCCUCAUGUUGCGACAGUUGAUACAGAUAUUGAUGGUUAUCCCAUUAAAAAAAAUACUGUCAUUUUUAUCAAUAAUUUCAAUUUAAAUUUGGGAGCAUCAUAUUGGGGUGAAGAUGCCCAUGAAUUUAAACCGGAAAGAUUUAUUUCCGUGGUUGAUGGUUCAGCAAAAAUAAUAAAGCCACAGCAUUUUGUACCAUUCUCAACAGGGAAACGUACAUGCAUUGGUCAAAGACUAGUGCAAGGCUUUGCAUUUGUUGUCAUCACCGGACUGUUAUCGAAAUUUAAUGUAAGACCAGUUAAUAAUAAUUUUGAUGGAUUGAAAAAACAAUUGAAUCCUGGAUGUAUUGCUGUACCGCCGGAUUCUUUCAAUUUUGAGCUGAAGCCUAGAGAAAUAUUAAAUCUAAACAAAUAAUUUGAUUGUAAAUAAUUAAGUAAUUUAAUUCUAACUUCGAAAAAAAUGAUCUCAUCGGCAAUUUAUUGUUAACAAAAAAAAAAUAUUUCUCGUACUGAUAACGAGUUUUGUUAGGGUAAAUCGACUAAUGGAUAAAAAAAGAAACUUUUGAAUUGAAAAUUUCAAGUUUUAUGUAUAUUUUUUAAUUAAAAUG